CCAAACAGCCCGGGCGAACCGCAGGGGAAGUCCAUCCGCCCGGCCCUGCGGGGCAGGGGUCUGCCUUCUGGGCGGAGUGGGGGAGCGGCGUCCUGCCCCUGGGGAGUCGGGAGGAGCCGCGUCCCAUCCAGCUGUGCAAACAGGAGGAGGAGGUCCCAAGCCGACCCUCGGGAGAGGGGUGGCCAGGCCGCCGCCGCCGUGCCGGCCCCCGCGGUGCGGGUCGUGCCAGCCAGCCCGGAGCCCGACGCAGAAACUUGUUGCAACAAACAGGCGACCGCGGGUGCCCCUAGCAGCCAGCGGCGGAGUGGGUGGGCGGGCGAGAGGGAGGGGAAGGCUGGCGGACGCCGCAGCGAACUGGUGGGCAGACCCGGAGUCGCCGCGUAAGCGGGGCCGGCUCAGUGCGGUGCGGCAGGCGCGGCUGUGCGGCAGCGGAAGUCCUUUGUUGCAGCGCAGUCCCUGGCAGAGCCGAGUCUCCGCGCAGCCCAGCCCGAGCGCCGCGCGCCGCCGCCACUGCAGCUCGCGGCCCCUUCGCCUCCGCCCGCCUUUCCCGCGGCCGAUCUGCCUUAAACUCCCUAAAAUCUCCGCAGCCCUGGUUCCCACUGCGGCCGGUCUCCGCUAGAAGAUGGCAAAGCCCAGCCACAGCAGCUACGUCCUGCAGCAGCUGAACAACCAAAGAGAGUGGGGCUUUCUCUGUGACUGUUGCAUUGCAAUUGAUGACAUUUACUUUCAAGCGCACAAAGCAGUUCUAGCUGCCUGUAGCUCCUAUUUUAGGAUGUUUUUCAUGAACCAUCAGCACAGUACUGCACAGUUGAAUCUCAGCAACAUGAAAAUCAGUGCUGAGUGUUUUGAUCUCAUUUUGCAGUUUAUGUAUUUAGGAAAAAUUAUGACAGCUCCCUCCAGUUUUGAGCAGUUUAAAGUAGCGAUGAACUACCUACAGCUGUACAAUGUUCCUGACUGCUUAGAAGACAUACAAGAUGCAGAUUGUUCUAGUUCAAAAUGUUCAUCCUCUGCUUCCAGCAAACAGAGCACCAAAAUGAUUUUUGGAGUGAGAAUGUAUGAAGACACUGUGGCUAGAAACGGCAGUGAGGCCAACAGGUGGUGUGCGGAGCCCAGCUCCACAGUGAACACACCUCAUAAUCGAGAGCCCGAUGAAGAGUCUCUACAACUAGGUAGUUUUCCUGAGCCACUAUUUGAUGUAUGUAAAAAGAGUUCUGUGUCCAAAUUAUCUGCUCCAAAAGAGAGGGUAUCACGACGCUUUGGACGGAGUUUUACUUGUGACAGCUGUGGAUUUGGCUUUAGCUGUGAAAAAUUAUUAGAUGAACAUGUGCUGACCUGUACCAAUAGACAUUCGUACCAGAACACAAGAUCUUACCACCGAAUAGUCGAUAUUAGAGAUGCAAAAGACAGUACCAUCAAAGCCGAAUUUGGUGAAAAGGAUUCAUCUAAACCAUUUUCUACACAGGCAGACAAAUACAGAGGGGACACAAGCCAGGCCCCUGAUGAUUCCGCCUCCACCACUGGAAGCAGAAAAAGUGCAGUGGAGUCCGAACUAGGCGAUGAAGAAAAAAGCAGGGCAGCUGAGAGGAAAAGAAUCAUCAUUAAGAUGGAGCCUGAAGAUAUUCCUACAGAUGAGCUGAAGGACUUUAACAUUAUUAAAGUGACUGAUAAAGACUGCAAUGAAUCCACUGACAACGAUGAACUGGAAGAUGAACCUGAAGAGCCGUUUUACAGGUAUUAUGUCGAAGAAAAUGUUGGUAUUAAAAAAAGUGGCAGGAAAACUCUGAAACCUCGUAUGUCAAUAAACUCUGAAGAAAGAGGUGCUUUAGAAAGUCUGAGGCCCCCUAGCAACAGCAGUCCAGUCCAAGAGGAUGGCGAGAAUGCCUCCUGUGAGCUGUGUGGCCUCACGAUCACCGAGGAGGACCUGUCUUCUCAUUACCUGGCCAAGCACAUCGAGAACAUCUGCGCGUGUGGCAAGUGCGGACAGAUCCUCGUCAAGGGCCGGCAGCUGCAGGAGCACGCGCAGAGGUGUGGAGAGCCCCAAGAUCUGACGGUGAACGGGCUUGGGAGUACUGAGGAGAAGAUGGACAUGGAAGAAAACCCCGAUGAACAGUCUGAAAUAAGAGAUAUGUUUGUUGAAAUGCUGGAUGAUUUUAGGGACAGCCAUUACCCGAUAAACAGUAUCCAAAAAAAGCAGUUAUUUAAACACUCUGCCUGUCCUUUUCGAUGUCCUAACUGUGGCCAGCGUUUUGAAACUGAGAACCUAGUGGUUGAACAUAUGUCUGGCUGCCUAGAUCAAGAUAUGUUUAAGAGCGCCAUUAUGGAAGAAAACGAAAGAGACCAUAGGCGAAAGCAUUUUUGUAAUCUUUGUGGAAAAGGAUUUUAUCAGCGGUGUCAUUUAAGAGAACACUAUACUGUUCAUACUAAGGAAAAACAGUUUGUUUGUCAGACAUGUGGGAAGCAGUUUUUAAGAGAACGUCAGUUGCGUCUGCACAAUGAUAUGCACAAAGGCAUGGCCAGGUAUGUCUGUUCCAUUUGUGAUCAAGGAAACUUCCGAAAACAUGACCAUGUACGGCAUAUGAUUUCUCAUUUAUCUGCUGGAGAGACUAUAUGCCAGGUCUGCUUUCAGAUAUUCCCAAAUAAUGAGCAACUGGAGCAGCACAUGGAUGUUCACCUGUACACAUGUGGAAUAUGUGGAGCAAAGUUUAACUUGAGGAAAGAUAUGAGAUCACAUUAUAAUGCCAAGCAUUUGAAAAGAACCUAAGUGAUUUUCUACUGUAUUAAUGUCUAGUUGAUAGCAAACACAACACCAAAGUAAAAAGAAUAUGAGCUAUUUAGAAAUCAGUUUUAUAAGAUGAAUUGUUGGAAAAAAUUUCAAGGCCCUUUUAACUUUUUUUAUUUAGAAUCUUAAGUAUAUCUACACUUUAGGUGUUAAAUGCUUAUCAUUUUUGUUGUUUCUUAAUAGCAUUCUUUGUUUCUAGUUUCCUUUAAAAUUACUUUUAAAUGUAGACAAUAAGUUGCUGUUACCUCUUCAAUGACUAUUAAACGUUAGUUUUUUAUCAAUAAGGUGAUGACUUCACUAUUUCUAUGUGGGGUUUUCUUUUGGUUUGGUUUUUUUUUUUUUUUUUUUGUUUUUUUUUUUUUUAGGUUAUUCUGUGAAAUCUUAAGCCAGCAUCAUUGGCUAUUCCUGUUUAAAGUUUUAAAGUAAUUUUUUCUUUAUUAUAUGAAAUUUUCCCAUUCAGGUUUAGGUAUUUUUGUCUUUUGUCAAUUGAACAGUAGAUUAGCUACUGUUUAUUCUCUCUUAUUAUCAAUGAAACUCAUAUUCUUAAAUGGACAAGCUUAUUAGGCAAGUUAGGUGCACUGACUAACCUUCAAGGUUGACACGGGCUCAGACUUGGCCUAAAGAGAUGGAUGGACCUGAGGAAAUUCCUAUAAAUGAUCAUUUCCUAUAAUUGAUAAAAUAUUAUCAUUUAAUAAUCACAUUUAAAACUUAUAUUAAGUGUAAAUUCCAAUGACUUUCCCUCACUUGUGAAGUUGGUGGGGAUAAGCCAUUUUGUUUUGUGAUAUUAAAUUUAACUAUGAUAGUUAAUUAAAAGACAUUCAUUAAAAAUAUUUUAAUUUAAAAUAUUCUGAUUUCUAAAGUGUGUUAGUUUAUCAAUUAUUUUGUUUAUAAAUAGAUUUUAAUAGCUCUCUAGGAAUAUCUAAAGGAAAGUGAUUUUCACCUUUAAAAUUACAUACUUUUGGUACUUUGAGAUUUGAAAAGCUGCCAUGUAUAUUCAUAAAUCUAAUAAAAUAAAUCAAUUAUAAAUCUGGUUGUUCUAUAAAAGUAGAAUGCACAAAAAUGUGUUGUGUCUUAUACUAAGAUUUGGAGAAAGUGUUGUGGCAAAUUGCAAUCUAUCAUGCUUUAUUUCUGUAAAGGAUAUGAAAUUUGAGGACUACCAAUCACAACAUAAAUGGAAACAGUUUAUAAUUUUUCACUUAAGUUAGUAUUGUUAGUUGUUCUUGACGUAGGGUCUACAUCAAUUACAUGUGAACUAAAACACUGGCAAGACUGACCCAUCAAUAAAUAAAUAUACUGAAUAGAAUGCCUUUUAAUGUGAAUUACUUCCAACAUAACACCCUUCUCCUAGUGACAGGAUUCUAACUAACUCCUGUAUUUAAAAAUAGUUUUGUGAUUAUGAAUAGUAUUAGCAUUGCUCAUUUUGUUCACAGAUUUUAAGGUAUGCAAAUCGCAUUUGUGUACUAUUAAAAGAAGUUGCCAAGGGAAUUUGAUACAUUGGCUAGUACAAGUACUAAUUAAUUGAAAGUGGGGGUGGGGCCAGGGAGAUAGCUCAGUAGAAUAAGCACUUGCCUGGCAAGCACAAGGGCCUGAGUUCAAUCCCCAGUUCCACAAAAAAAAAAAAAGUGUGGGGCACAGUGUGAGCUCACAGAUUUGUGGGGGUAGGUUUAAAUGUUAAGUACGGAUACAAAUAGUAAAGGAGACAGUGCAGAAUUAAAGUAAUGGGAAGUGGAAUGGCGUGACAAGGUAAAUAAAAAAAAUCAAGACUUUUAAGAGAUAAAACAGGAUUUUUUUUUUUUUUUUUUUUUUUUCUGGCUGCUUUAAGGGCGGGUCUGGUGCAGAUUGUGGAGUUGGUUAAAGAUGAAACAGGAAAGGUAAUUCAUCUAAGUCUUAGAUAUAAUAGUUUUAUCAUGUACUUAAAUCUGAAAUGCAAUUUAAAUUUAUAUAGGAUGCAUGUGUAGAUUACUUGUAGGAACCUGAUAAACAAGUUGUCUAACCCAGAGACCACUAGAGAGUAGUAUGAAGAGUAAGACAAAAUUUCCAAACUACAUAGUAUCUUAAUGGAUGUAAUUUUCUUUGGUGUCACCUUUUUCUACCCUUCUUAAAGUCUUUGUAGUGGUUUUCCUACCAUUAAAGAAAAGGGCCUUUUCUAAAUACUACCACUUUUGAACAAAGUAUUACUUAUCUAUUCUGCUAGGAAGGUGGAUUCAUGUAAACAACUCGUGAUUGCAUGUGCCUGAGAGGUCUGUUUUAUACAGCCACGCCUCAUGAUGCUGCCUUCUCCCUGUUGCAUAUCACAUGGGACACACCUUUGGUUUUGGAAUUAGCUAUAGGGCAGCAUAGACUUCUUCAAAUCAAAUAUACAGGGCCAGGGAGAUAGCUCAGAAUAAGCCUGGCAGGUGCAAGGACCUGGGUUCAAUCCUCAGUUCCACCAAAAAAAAAGUAAGCAAAUCGAGUAUAUAGUUUUCUUUAUCAAAACAAAGUUCAUUUAAAGGCCACUUGGAGGGGCCGGGGAGAUGGCCCAGGAGAGUAAGUGCUUGCCUGGCAAGCGCAAGGGCCUGAGUUUAAUUCCCUGUUCCGCAAAAAAAUAAAGGCUACUUGGCUUUUAAAACUGGCAGGGUGGGUGACAACAUCCAACCCUCGUGUCCCACUCGGCUUUGUCUCGCCUCCCCACUCUCCCAGGGUGGAGCUGCGAGCGCUCAUGCUUGCUAUUGCUCUUUGCCUUCUGGGUUGUGAAGAGAAGGAACCAGGAGAGGUUGUCUGCUGCUCUGGCCUUUAUAACUUGCAUAUUCAUCCCCCUCCUCCAUCGACACAGAAUAAAAUCUUGUUUAUGUCUCACAAACAGAGACAUCAUUUUUACUUUGAAGGACGUUUUGUUCUGACCGUGUCCAACUUUUGGAUCUCCUAAUGCACAAUGAGCAAUUUGACUUGCUGUUUGCAAUGCUGGGAAGCAAACCUGGGGCUUUGGUAGGGCAGGCGAGUGUGCUGCCGCUGAGCGCAUGCCAGGCCCGCCUUUGUGAGUAGUAAGAGAUCCUGGUGGCACAGUCUGCACCUAACAGACUUGCUGUCAAUUACGGUACAACUUGGAUGAUUCAGUAAAUAGCACAAAGAAUCGCAGAGGUUAAAAAAAGCACAAUGAA